AUGGAUGGGGGAAGUUGUACUAAUGUGGCUAACACUCGUGUAAUUGACAAACUCAAGCUGCCCACUAUUGCGCAUGCCAAGCCCUACAAGCUUCAAUGGUUAAGUGAGGAGGGUGAAAUCUUGGUCAAUAAACAAGUCCAUAUUUCCUUUUCCAUUGGCAAGUGCCAAGAUGAGGUUCUUUGUGAUGUUGUACCCAUGGAAGCAACUCACAUUCUAUUAGGAAGACUAUGGCAAUUUCAUAGAAAUGUUCAACAUGAUGGUCUUACUAAUAGAAUGUCUUUUACUUACCAAGGGCGCAAGGUCAUCUUAAAACCUCUAACUCCAAAGGAAAUACUUGAGGACCACCUCAUCAUGAAGUCCAAGAGAGGUGAAGAAAAGCAGAAGGUCAAGCAUAAUUGCCUCAUCUCUCAUAAAGAGAUAUUUAAAGUUAUUGAAAAUAAAGACCCUAUCUUUUGUGUUUUUCCUUCCCAGUGUCUCACAUCCACUCCUGUCCUUAGGUCUUCUAAGUUAGAUAGUUUGCUAGAGGAGUUCCAAGAUGUGUUUCAAGAUCCUUCAAAAGGUUUACCACCUCUUAGAGGAAUUGAACACCAAAUUGAUUUUAUACCAAGAGCUUCUCUUCCAAACCGUCCGACUUAUAGAACAAAUUCCAUGGAAAUCCAAGAAAUUCAAAGACAAGUAUAG